AUGUUAAUAUCUCAUGUUGACGGUAAUCUUCAGGGUGAGCAUGCCAUCGCUUAAGAAUUUCAAGGGGUGGAGAUAAUUCGAGGAAAUUAACUGGCGUUUAUUCAGAUUUGUCCCCCACAGUGAGUGAACGUGGGUCUUGCUGAAAAAGUCAACUUGCGAUUAUUUAUUUAUAUUAUAGUGCUUGAAAAAAUCAGGGAGACUCAUAAUUGUGUGGCCGUAAGGAGAGGGAAUACGAAAUUUAUUGGAAAUUGCUAGAUUUUGUGUAGAAUCUAUCCAAGUAACGAGUAACCAAAUGUGGGCCGCGGAACGAAAACAAAAGACCAUCGAUACACUGGGGGCCCAAGAGCAUCAUCAUUGCGAAUCUUGUACACGAUCGAACGCAUAAUAACUAGUAACACAUUGGGUCAGAAUACCCAGAAUAGCCCUCAUGAGAGGAGUGGAGAGAGAGAGUCUCUCUCUCUCACUCUUUCAUCCAAACGUAGGCCAUCCGUCCCUGCCAGCCGCCUUCUCCUUCGCCUUUGCUUACACACCCAUGAUUGUUAUGGCAGAUUGGUUUAAUAUGAGAGAGAGAGAGAGAGAGAGAGAGAGAGAGAGAUGGGGUUACGGAAUCUACCAUUCAGACCUCUCUCUCUCUCUCCCUCUCCCUCUGCCCCCGCCCCCCCCCCCCGCCCCCCCCGGCCUUUACACAUGCAUGCGCCCGUCUUUUCGACUAUAAAUGUUGCACUACAACACAUCCCCUCUCCCCCCUUUCUAUUCUCUCUCUCCAGCCUCCAGAUUUGUUCCUUGUAGUUUAGAUUGCUCAAGGGAUCGCGUCUUGCUCCUUUUCUCCCUCUUCGUCUUCCUCUCAGGGUCAGCUUCUUCGCGACUUUCCUUGACAGGUGAGAGAAACCCCGGAAGAACCCUUCAGCCGGGUGCAGUAUGUUUAUAUACGAUGUACAUGGAUUAUCAACCUCUUCGCCUUGUGCUUCUUCUUCGCAGAGUAGAUCCGAUGGAGAGGCUCAACUAAUCUCAACCUGCAGAACUGCUAUAUCAUCAAGGAGAACGAGAGGCUGAGGAAGAAGGCGGCGCUCCUGAACCAGGAGAACGAGACCCUCCUCUCCGAGCUGAACCAGAGCCUGGCCAAGGCCAAGCCCCAGAGCAAGGGCAACGUCCGCAGCCCCCCCGCCGCCACCGCCGGGACCGGGAGAGACCAGCCCUGA